UCGGGGGUGAUUCGUAGAUCUGCGGUGAUGGUCGUUCAGUCAACGUUCGUAAAUGAUGACGUAAGGUCGCGGCUCGUACCGAGCUGGCGAUUCGUGGUACGUGGUAACGGCCUGUCAGUGAACCUCGAACGGAGAUGGGGACGCAAAAGCCCGGGGAGUGGGCGAAUUUGGUGCUCGCGCGGUUCGAGGAUCAGCUGCCGUGUCGUUCCGGUCCCGAAAGUCCCCAUUCUCACGUGAACGAAAAGACGAGUAAGAAAUGCCUGAUAGAGAUCUCCCGGUACCGUUUUUCCUUCAUUAUAUCUGGCCUUACGAAGAUGCUGCAGCGAGUCAACGAGCUGACCCCAAGUACGAGUAGUCAGCGACCAUUCCAGCCCAAGGAUCAGGACCGACAGGAGUCUGUCAUCAUCGUUCUAGACACGUUGGAGAAAUGUCUAGCGAACACGCCGAAGGACACGACCAAAUUCGAGGAGGCGAUGAACGUCAAGUUGCUACUUCGGGAGAUAUGUCAAUUUAUAGGCAUGCCGUAUGACAGUCCGCAGACGAAAAUGAUAAGAGAUUUAGCGAGCAAAGUGCUGUUUGCUUUAAGCUUAAAUUUCUUCAACGCGGUUUUUAAUCGGAUAUCGGCCAGACUUCAGGAACUGUCCAACAGCGGAGACGAGAAUCCAGACUGCAGCGACAUCGAGCUGAUGCAGUAUAUCAAUGCCGAUGUCCACAGAUUGACCAGGCUUUUAAACGAAAUUAUACAGAAAGUCCGGCAACUGAUCGGCAAGAAGUCGGCAUAUCUCGUGCUCAUGAAUCCCCUGGAGAAAGCGAUCUGGAACUGGAUGGACACGUAUCCACAGGAGUUUGCUGAGAUGCAGAAACAGCCUAACGAGAAUCUCAGUAAGGCGUGCGAGGAAUUGUUCGAUAUUCUCGACACUUUCGUCGUUGAGAAGAAGAGUCGCGCGGCCUCUGUUUGGCCGUUACAGAUGAUGCUGCUGAUACUCUCGCCCAAGGUCCUGGAAAUCGUAAACGCUGACUCUGGGCCACCCGAUUCGCCACGAUAUUCGAGAAAAAAGCAAUUCAUUGACAGCGUGAAGCGCAGCCUGAGAACACACAGCAGCUCCUCUAGUCGCCAACUGUCCGAGGCUGCAGCUGUCACGUGUGUUAAUCUUACCAAAGCGGCUACGUAUGUCAACAAGGCCGAAUCUAGCAACAACGUCGUCCUAACCUUAGUGCAGCAGCUGAUGGAUGAUCUGAUGAGUCUUCUCUUCAAUCCCUCAAAACCAUUUUCACGCGGACAGAAUUAUAGCGCACAAGACAUCGAUCUGAUGAUUGAUUCCUUUGUCAGCUCUUUCCGUAUUAAUCCACAUAACAACGAAGUUUUUAAGUUUUGUUUGAAUGUCAACUACCCAUCAACGUACCAGUUUGUCCUAGUCAGCUCAUUAUACAAAAUCUUUACGCAACCGAGAUUACCAUGGUGGCCGGAAAUUAGUCUUGUGUAUUCGUAUGGCACAGAACUCAGGAAUAUGUUUACCGAUACUCUGAACAAGGUGACACAGAACUGCAUGUGGAAUACGCCGUUGCGCAUGAUUCACAAUUUUGCUCUCAAGCCUAAAGAAGAGAUGAUAAAUUCAAAAAAUCUGUUAUUGGUGAUGGUGCGACUCAUUCACGUGGAUCCUAUGUUAAUGUUACACAGCUACGGCACAGCUGGCCACGAAAUACAAAGGUCCACUUUAGAGUUGAUUAAUGGACUUGUCUCGUUAGUCCAUCAACCUACGAUGCCGGACAUCGCCCAUGAAGCGAUGGAGGCAUUGCUAGUGCUACAUCAUCCAGACAAAGUUAAAGCGUGGAAUCCAGAAGCGCCGCUCGAUACUUUUUGGGACGCUAGCUCACAAGUCGUAUUCUCAAUUUCCCAGAAACUAAUUCAACAUCAAAUUAUCAAUUACACGACUAUACUCAAAUGGCUUCGCGAAAUACUCAGUUGCAGGAAUGCCUUCCUUUCUCAGUAUAAAGAUUACGCGAAUGUAAACAGCCAUAUAGCGAUCAGUAAACAAGCACAUAUUAAACUUGAGGUCGUGUGCUUGAUAUAUUUAUGGAGUAUAGAUAUGGAGGCUGUUUUAGUAUCCAUGUCAUGUUUUGCAUUAUUAUGUGAAGAAGCAGAAAUUCUUUGUGGCAGCGACGAAGUAGCGGUGACUUGUCUUCUUCCAAAUUAUCACUUGUAUUUAGAAUUGGCGCAAGCUUCGACUGUAUUAAUUUCUGCCCACGAGGAGACUAGGCUAUGCUAUCAGGAAUAUAAUCAUGGGCGUGCUACAUUACAAAAGAAAAUAUUAUCUUUGUUGAGAAAGAUAGAACAUUGCGUGAACGGUAUACAACCAGCUUGGGAAGAAACCUUUAGAAAUUGGGAAGCAACUUCGCGGCAGUUAUCGAGUUAUCCUAAAAGCAAGACCGAAGAUGUGCAGGUAGAGCCGUUUUGUCGCGGCAAUGUAAAACGGAGAGCUGCGCAUCAGAAUUCAGAACAUGAAGUGGAAGAGCAAAUUAACGAGUGGGCCAACAUGACAGGAUUUCUCUGCGCUCUUGGCGGAGUAUGCUUACAACGUCGUUCACCUAAUAGACCAUAUGGCGUGUUUUCUUUCAAUCCCGAUAAGAAAGGCUUGCCAAAACAGCAGGACUCUGUCUCAAGUUUAAUAAAUUGCAAUCAAGAAACGCAAUAUUGCCCAGUGACACAAUUCGUAUACAAUUUAUUACGGUUAUUAAUCUGUAAUAAUGAGAAACUUGGCAAUCAAAUACAGAAACAUGUAAAAGAGUUAGUUGCACAUGAGAUGAGUCCUGCCCUAUAUCCAUUAUUGUUCGAUCAGAUAAAAAAUUUCGUCGAGAAAUUUUUCGAUCCACGUAGUGGACACGUAGUAGUAUCGGAUUUAAAUACGCAGUUUAUUGAACAUACCAUAUUUAUAAUGAAAAACAUUCUGGACUCAAAGACGGAUCAACCGGAAUAUCUCGGAGUGACCAGCAUCGAAGGCAUGAUGUUGGCGAUUGUUAGAUAUGUCAGGCAUUUAGACAUGACUGUGCAUUCGAUUUGUAUUAAAACUAAAUUAUGCCAGCUGGUUGAAGCUAUGAUGAAAAGACGAGACGAUUUAGCAUUUAGACAAGAAUUAAAAUUUCGCAACAAACUAGUUGAAUAUUUGACCGAGUGGGUAAUGUGCACGCAUCCUUUUUCUUCAACAAUUGUUAAUGAUCUCACAGCUUACACCAGAGAUUUAGAUCAAGCUUGCAUGGAAGCUGUAGGAGCAUUAUUGCGCGGUCUUCCUCUUCAACCUGAAGAUUCUGACCGUGUUGAUUUGAUGGAAGCAAAGUCUGAACUUUUUUCGAAAUAUUUCACGCUCUUUAUGAAUUUAAUAAAUUACUGCAACAAUCAUCAUACCGAACAAUCGUCAUCAUCGGAGGAUAAGGAUGUUGUGUCUCGACAAUCGCCUACUUUAACGACCAGCAAGUUAGCUACUUUGCGCAACACCACUAUUCAAGCUAUGAGUAAUCUUCUCAGCGCGAAUAUAGACAGUGGCCUUCAGCACUCGAUACAUUUGGGUUACAACGCAGAUCUUCAGACACGAGCCGCAUUUAUGGAAGUGUUGACUAAAAUUCUUCAGCAAGGAACGGAGUUUGAUACUCUUGCCGAGACUGUCCUGGCGGACAGAUACGAACAAUUAGUUGAACUUGUUACAAUGAUCAGUGAUAAAGGCGAAUUGCCUAUCGCCAUGGCAUUGGCUAAUGUAGUAACGACGAAUCAAAUGGAUGAACUAACGCGUGUCUUUGUGACGCUGUUCGACGCGAGGCAUUUGUUAUGGAAUCUGUUAUGGAACAUGCUUUACCGAGAGGUCGAGCUAACCGAUUGUAUACAGACUCUUUUUCGCGGCAAUACUCUGGGAAGUAAGAUCAUGUCUUUCUGCUUUAAAAUUUAUGGUACUAGCUACUUGCAAGGCUUGCUCGAGCCACUCAUCAAACCCUUACUGGACGAGUCAACAAUUAGUUUCGAAGUAGAUAGCGCAAGGAUUGACCCUAAUGAAAAUAUUGAACAAAACGGCGAAAACUUAAUCAUGUUGACACAAAAAGUGUUCAAUGCUAUCGUAUCAUCGGCAGAUAAGUUUCCUCCACAACUACGCUCGAUGUGUCACUGCCUGUUUCAAGUAUUGUGCAAAAGAUUUCCGCAAUCUCCGCAGAGUAACAUUGUGGCCGUAGGGACAGUGAUAUUUCUACGUUUCAUUAAUCCUGCUAUUGUUUCACCUCAAGAGAUGAGUAUCGUAAAUAAACCGGUACCAUAUGAAGUCAAACGAGGCCUCAUGCUUAUGUCAAAGAUAUUACAGAAUAUUGCCAAUCAUGUAGAAUUCAGCAAGGAGCAGCAUAUGUUGCCUUUCAACGAUUUUUUAAGAACGCACUUUGAGAUUGGUCGACGGUUUAUCAUACAGAUAGCAUCGGAUUGCGAAACGCUUGAUGAAACCAGCCAUCCUAUGUCAUUCGUUUCGGACGCCAAUGUCUUGGCGUUGCAUAGGUUGUUGUGGAACCAUCAAGAAAAAAUCGGAGAUUAUCUUAGUAGUAGUAGAGACCACAAAGCUGUCGGAAGGAGACCAUUUGACAAAAUGGCUACAUUAUUAGCGUAUCUUGGUCCACCCGAGCAUAAACCGAUGGAUUCCCACUCGCUUUUUUCAACUACUUACGUUCGCAUGUCGCGAUGGGCGAACAAAGACAUGUCGUCAACUAAUUUUGAAGAGAUCAUGAUGAAGCAUAAUAUGCACGAAAGAGAAGAAUUUAAAAGCAUUCAGAAUAUGAAUAUUUUUUAUCAAGCAGGCACCAGCAAGCUAGGCUAUCCAGUAUUUUACUACAUUUCACGACGGUUCAAACUUGGUGAAACGAACGGCGACCUACUCAUAUAUCAUGUUAUUCUAACUUUAAAACCCUUCUAUCACUCUUCAUAUGACGUAGUCGUCGAUCUCACUCAUACAUGUUCAGAUAAUCGAUUUAGGACAGAAUUUUUGCAAAAGUGGUUUUAUGUUUUACCUGAGGCAGCCUAUGAAAAUCUUCACGCAGUAUAUAUUUACAAUUGUAACAACUGGGUACGCGAGUACACAAAGUAUCACGAUAGUAUUUUAGCACCAUUGAAAGGUAAUCGAAAAAUUGUUUUCAUUGAUGGCCAAGGAAAAUUAAACGAUGUGAUCGAUGUGGAACAACAAAAGUUACCCGGUGCGACAUUAUCCCUGGAUGAAGACUUGAAAGUCUUUACUGGAGUUUUGAAAUUAUCUCAUAAAGAAAUGCGAGUAUCAAUAAAGAUCGGACCAACGACACUGCAGAUAACGCAUACGGAUAGAUCUAAAGUAUUAUCGCAAUCUGUUCUCUUAAAUGAUGUCUAUUAUGCAUCUGAGAUAGAAGAAGUUUGUCUGGUUGACGAUAAUUCAUUCGUGUUGACCAUUUCCAACGAAGCGGGACCUCUGACUUUCGCCCACAGCGAUUGCGACAGCAUCGUGCAAAAUAUAAUUCACAUUAGAAAUCGUUGGGUACUAUCGCAGCCGGACUCUAUGUCCAUUCACGCGAAAAUUAGACCUAAAGACGUGCCCGGUACCUUAUUGAAUAUGGCCUUAUUGAAUCUCGGCAGUCCCGAUCCCAAUCUUCGGACUGCCGCUUACAAUCACCUAUGCGCGCUCACGGCGACGUUUGGCCUGAAAAUAGAGGAUCAAUUAUUGGAGACGUCUGGUAUCUGUAUACCAUCGAAUAACACCAUAUUCAUUAAGCAUUUAAGUGAAACUUUGGCAGCGAAUGAUCCGCAUCUUACUCUCGAGUUUCUUAAAGAAUGCAUACAAGGCUUCAAGGCAUCGACUAUUGAGCUAAAACAUUUAUGUCUUGAAUACAUGACGCCAUGGCUCAGCAAUCUCGUGCGAUUUUAUAAACCCCAUGACGAAGGUGGUAAGCGGCAGAAACAAGUCACAGCGAUCCUGGAAGAUUUGACUUCGUUGACUAUCAAUGAGAUCGAAAUGUAUCCGAGUAUACAAGCUAAGAUCUGGAGCACAAUUGGCAUGCUGCCGGAAUUGAUAGACGUUGUUUUAGAUAUUUUUAUUCAGCGUAGCUCGCAUCAUGGCUUAGGAUCGGUGGCUGAGAUCAUGGCGGAUACCGCGGUCGCUUUGGCGUCCGGUAACGUGCAAUUGGUCGCCAAGAAAUUAAUCAACAAAGUAUGUCGCUCAGUGGAAAAGACAUGUACGUCGCCGACGUCACAGUUAGAGCUACAUGUAAUGUGGAGUGACAUAGCGAUCCUGGUGAGAUAUCUUCUGAUGUUAUCCUUUAAUAAUUGCUUGGAUGUAGGAAAACAUUUGCCGUACAUCUUUCACACGGUGACAUUGCUUGUGUGUACCGGCAAUUUGACUAUGCGAGCUUCCAUCCAUGGUUUGGUGAUCAACAGUAUUCAUUCAUUGUGCACAUGCAGCUCGCCUUCGUUUUCCGAAGAUACACAUAGGAUAUUACGUAUGAGCUUAGAUGAGUUCUCAUUGCCGAAAUUUUAUUUGUUAUUCGGCAUCAACAAGGUGAAAUCCGCCGCUGAUACGGCUUUCUACAAACACUCGAAAGCCGGCUGUAAACACGCGAAUGAAAAAUGGCUUAAUAGCGAGAGAAGCGCGUACGGGACGCAGGACAAGGAGAGAUUUUAUUUAACCAGUUUAGAAAUUAUAACUGACGCUCUUCUGGAGAUUAUGGAAGCUUGCAUGCGGGAUAUUCUGAAGUGUGAUUGGUUAAAAACUUGGACCUCAUUAGCGAAGAACUUUGCUUUCUGUUUGAAUCCAGCUUUGCAGCCGAGGGCGCUCAUUGUCUUCGGUUGUAUCAGUAAAAGUAUAACAGAUCAAGAUAUGAGGCAACUACUGACGAUUCUGAUGAAGGCACUCGAAAGUUUUAACGAUAUUAAUCUUAUAGAAGCUAUUGUUAUGUGCUUGACACGACUGCAGCCUCUUCUAAGACCUGAAUCGCCAAUACAUAGGUAUUUAUUCUGGGUUGCCACAUCGGUUCUCGAGUUAGACGAAGCUUCAUUAUAUGCAUCCGGCCUAGCUCUUCUAGAGCAGAACUUGCACACACUUGACUCGCAGGGCACUUUCGACGAAAAGACUUUAGAAUACGUAAUGAUGUCAACGCGUGAACCUUUGGAAUGUCAGUUUAAACAAUUAGAUCAUACCGUGGGUUUAUCUUUCAAGUCUAAUUUUCAUUUCGCGUUGGUUGGUCAUCUCUUGAAAGGCUACAGACAUCCUACGCCAACUACAAUUACUAGGACGGUUAGAGUGUUGACUAUGUUGCUGGCAAUCGUGGCUAAACCCUCUAAAAGGGACAAAUUCGAAGUAACACCUGAGAGUGUGCCUUAUUUGACCUCAUUGGUGUCUGUAUCAGAAGAAGUUCGUAGCAGGUGCCAUAUUCGACAUUCGCUUGACAAAAAUUUGCAUGAUUCAUCAAGCAGUUCGGAUGUUCUUGAUACUUUACCAUCGCGCAACACGGAUAUGCCUUCUAAUCCUACGAGUAGACGACAGAAGACUUGGGAUUUAUUGGAUCAAUCGGCACUUAUUCAAGCAAAACAACAAAAACAAUCUGCGCAGACCGGCCGGCUUUUAUUUAAAUCGCAGCGAUCCUUGAGCGUACCGAGCGCAAAAGACGACAAGUUGGCGGACAACGCAGAGCAACAGAGAGAUCGUAGUACGAGAGUGAGCCUAAGUAACGAAAACAACGUCUUACUCGACCCGGAAGUGUUAACGGACUUUUCAACACAGACUUUGGUGCUAACCAUGCUAGCCACAUUGGUGAAGUAUUCCACCAAUGAAAAUGAAACGCGGAUUCUUUAUGAGUAUCUGGCGGAAGCGACUAUAGUUUUUCCAAAAGUUUUUCCAGUUGUACACAAUUUGCUUGACGCGAAGAUCAAUAGCGUAUUGUCUUCCUGUCAUGACCAAGCGAUACUGAAUGCGGUUCAAACAAUCAUACAGAACAUGAUAGCCUGCGAAGACACAAAUCAACAACAUCAUUUGCAACACUAUUUGCAAAGCUGCGGAUUUCGCGGUCUUUGGAGGUUCGCGGGGCCUUACACAAACUCUAACUGUACGCCCGAGAGUGCCGAAUUAUUUGUGAAUUGUCUGAAGGCAAUGGUAGAAAUGUGUUUGACGAUGCAAGAUAGUAAAGAGAUUGUUAGCCGAAAGAGUAAACGAACCGGUAAUUGUCAAUCAGAUUUUGCGUCGAAAACGAGACCACCUGUUGGAAUUGUUCAAGAACAAUCUCGUACAUCAACGGAGAUUGGUGUUUCUUCUGUUCAUGUGGAUCGUAUGGAUGGUAAACGAGUCGAUUCUGUUGAUGUGAGUCAAACUGAGAACACAGGUGGCGGUAAUGAUAGCGGGUCACAACCCUAGCAAUUAAUUUGUGGUACUGACAGGCAGUGUGAUAAAGAUGUGCAUAAAAAACAAAAUAAUCGAAAGUUGCAACGGCAGACGAGGUGUGUGAAUUCUAAAUAAUCACAAUUGUAAAUAUAGAACGUCGCACAUUUUUAUCCCGUGUUGUUGCUGCAACCUGGCCAGUCAGUUUAGUACAAUGCCGUCCGCAUCACGAUAAUGAAAAUCUAUAGAAGAAGAAGUCAACGAAAGCUAUGUUUACCGAAGAACAUUACUUUAUUUCUAUUAGCGAUACGUGCCGACAAUUUUGCAUUCUUUUUAAGCUUGUGAUUAUUUUAUUAAUCAAUCGUACAAAACUUGCUGCCUCAAUGUAACAGUUUUGCUAGAAAGAUUUAAGUGAAUAUGAUCAGUAUAUAUAUUGUAAAUAUUUUUACAACAAACUUAAACUUAUGUUGUGAACAUACAUUCUCCUCGCUGUAUAUUGUAAAAUCAGACUUCAGCGAAUUACAUUUCGUCAUAAUUUAGCUCUCGUGGAUAGAAAUUGACUUACGAUAUACGGAGUCAAUUUUGACAUAGAAAAGAAAUUUGAAUUUGAUUAACAACGAGUAUUGUAUAUGUUCGAUAAUUUCCUUGUGAUUACAUAAUUUAUUGACUGAUUCUACCGUGGUUGCAAUACAAUACAUAUACAGAACCUCAGUGGUCCAUAGAGAACCAACUACAUACACGCAAAAGAGUAGAUAAAUAUAAAAAUUUAUCAAGUAUUAUUCGCAAUUUUUCGUUUUAUAGAAAUAUGUAUUAACGCUUCUUAAAUACCGCAGGAGAAUAAAUCUUCGAUAUUUUUAAGUAAUUAAUUGUAAAAUAUUACUAUAAAUAACUUCUACUUAUAAAAAAAUCUCCGUUGGUCCUCUAAGGUCCUAGAAGUGCAGUUGGACUAGACAUAACUUUCUACGCAGGGGGACCGCUUGUUCCUCGUAUGCCGUUGCAAAUAGAUCUCAACAUUGUAAAGAUAAUCUGGACCAGUGGCGCCUGUGUCGUUUCAAGGCGUUCGAAGCCGCAGGACGAAUAAUUUUUAGAUUUAUCAAGAGAAACACCAAUGUACAAGUGUACAUGUCUACUACUUAUUAAAGUAUAAAGCGAGACCAAGCGAUAUCUUCUCCGUACUGUAACGUAAGCCAGAAUAUUUUAGUAAUAAGGAGGAAGAAAUGAAAGAAUAUAGCGAAUGUAAAUCGAUCUCGCACUUGUGCAACAAUGAGUACCAAGUGCCAGAGAUCGCGUUAAUAUAGUAUUUUAACGUACGCGUAUCGCGAAUACUCGCCCAUUCUAUUUUUAAAAAAAUCUCAUUUAUUUAUAUUAUAUAAACUUUUUUGACGCCAUAGUAAGUGUGACAUAUAUAGCUAAUGAAAUGAGAUUAAGAAAGGUAGAAAAUGAUAUUUUUGUGCGGUUAUGCGGAAUGAAUAGCAACUUCUCAACGGCACUAGAGUGAUUGUGAGUGUUUGAAAGAUGUGUUUGUACAUAGUGCGUUAUAUAAUGUUUAUACAAUCGUGACGACUUUGUAAGUUGAUUUUGUUCGUCUGUAUUUUUAGAAAAGUUUUUAGAGAUGCACAACGCGUCAUAGAAAAUUGAUGAAAUUUCCUAAUUAAUCUGUUGAUUUUUAUAUACAUAGAACUUUUUCUGAGCUUGUACUUAAUAUGAAUGAAUUUACGUUCAAGUCAUUAAUUAUUAUUACAUAAGCUUUGAUGAAGCUAAGAAUAAUUUUAUUAAACAUUUAUGUGCGCUAGUCAUAUUUUAAAAUAUCAGAGAAAGCUCGAAAUAACUUUUUUAUAAUAUUUUUUUUAUAUGUAUGGCCUGUUUUUUUCAGAUGAACUUGUAUAGUUCAUUCAUUCCUUUUUUUCCAUAUUGGAGAAUAAAAGAGGUAAAGGUGCAAAAAAAUUCAUCUGAAGAGAAUAGACCUAUAGAUUUUAUUCCUAUUGAAUUUUUUUAUAAACUUUGUCAGAUUCGUAAACACCAUGACAUAUUUAGGCUGAUUAAUGAUUUAUUCAUUGCAUACUGAUUCGGUCAUAAAGAGCUGAUUUUAUUCAUGCAGUUUCAAAUUUAUCGUCUGUAACUGCAUCUGUGUUACCUGACCUUGUUGUUUUUUUACCAAAGGUGCAUCAUCCCUAAGUUAGGCGAGGCAAUUAAUUUGUUAACAAUUAAAUACGUAUUAAUUAAGAGAUAUCGUAAUUGGUUUACAUGCAUCCUGUAUAACAAACUUGUUUAUUUCAGUUUGGUAUUUUUCUUUUGGACUUCGUGUUUUCACGAUAUUCCUAGAGCGUGUUACUAUGAUGAAUUUGUAAAUAGUAAAAUUUUAGUGUGUAAAGAUUGAUGAACAACGAGCUGUACGUCGGACUAGCAAGCGUUCGUUUAUACAUAAAAAAAUCUACACGCACAUUUUUCUAGCCUUCACAUAGAGCAGUUUACAAUUAGUUAAAAAAAAUUGUAGGAGAUUGUCAAUUUUUUAAUCGUGUGUAAAUUUCGUAUUGAAUAUUUUUUCACUAUAACUUGGAUUUAAUGCCGAAUUAAUUUUAUUUUGAGCAGUUUUAUUGGUACUACACUUGAAUGCAUAUUUUAACAUGUAGUCGAAUAUAUGGUUGACUUACCAUACUGUUAUAUACUUUUGUACAGGAGUUAUGUGACACUAUCGGAUAGAGUACACGCGCGUCCGACAGUAUUGUAUGCAUUGUGUGCGAGCCAAGAGUGCGUAUAUGAGCGCGUAAAACGUAAUGAUAUUUAUUUAGCGAACGUGAUACGCGCACCAGAUAGUUAAAUGUACGAGUUAAAUAGCUCUGUGAACCUUCGAUUCUCACGGUUGUCAUUAAGCGUAUUAUUUUUCUCUCAAUUGAAUCUCUUCACGACGUGAUUAUAUUGGGCCUUUCUACAAAUGCAAUGAAAUAAUUUUUUGUGUAAAUAUGUCCACAAGAUUAAAAUGCUGUUUGUUAAACUAUUAA